AUGCCGGCCCCUACCGGUCUGGUAGCUAUUACUGAUCCCACCUCAGCUUUCACUCAAAACCCUUACUAUAAUGGCGGCUAUGGAGCAGGUGGUUAUGGUAUGUACGGUGGAACCACAGCCACAGCUUCGUACUAUCAGCAGGUAGCAACCGGUUUACGAGCGCAGAAUGCGCCAUUUCCCUAUGGCAUCGGUGCCGCGACCCCGUCCGCUUAUUACGGUAGUUCCUACCCAACCAGUUUUGAUUACUCUGCCUAUAAUCCACAAUAUUACAAUGGUAUGCGAGCUGGCUAUUACGGUAAUGCACUGGCGGCUGGCGCUACAGCAGCGUAUACGGGCACUGCGCUCUCUUCCGAUGUUUCUUCCGAGCUAUCGGCCUUUACGCUAAAAUGUGAUCGGAAAGGUGGAAAAUCAGCCAAGAAAAAGAAAACAGGCUCAUGUUCACCGGGUGAUACCCACUUCGCAAGAGUCUUUGUCUGGGAACUCGAUGACAUUUGCACCCUCACAACUGCUUCAUUGAACGGGCUCGUCCACAAGGCACCCCAAUUCGCCCGAGCUGCGGCACUUCUUCAAAGUUUCGCUGCCCGAGUCGUCGCCCUAACUUUUCCAGCUGAUCAGCUCGACGUGAGUUCGCCGUUUUCUCCUUUGGUGUUUUCGGUUUCGAUUGAUUGGAAAUCGAUUGCACUCAUCAGGUCACGUUCGAUCAAUUGA